AUGGCGACAUACACGUUGGUUCUACUAAGGCAUGGUGAAAGCACUUGGAACAAGGAGAACAAGUUCACCGGCUGGACGGAUGUACCCCUAAGUGAACAGGGAGAAAAGGAGGCCAUAGCCGCGGGAAACUACUUGAAGGACAAGAACUUCCGCUUCGACGUGGUAUACACAUCGGUGCUGAAGAGAGCCAUCACCACCACAUGGAAUGUGCUCAAGACAGGAGACAUACUACACGUCCCAGUUAUUAAAACAUGGAGACUAAAUGAAAGGCAUUAUGGAUCCCUACAAGGAUUGAACAAAUCUGAAACGGCAAAAAAAUACGGAGAAGAACAAGUAAAAAUUUGGAGAAGGUCUUAUGAUAUCCCUCCUCCCAAAUUGGAUAAAGAAGAUAGUAGGUGGCCAGGACAUAAUAUCGUAUAUAAGAAUAUUCCAAAGGAUGUCCUACCCUUCACAGAAUGUUUAAAAGACACUGUUGAAAGAGUUUUGCCCCUCUGGUUCGAUCACAUAGCACCUGAUAUUUUGGCCAAUAAAAAGGUCCUUGUUUCAGCACAUGGAAAUAGCUUGAGGGCAUUAGUCAAACAUUUAGAUAACCUAACUGAAGCAGAUGUCUUGGAGCUCAAUAUUCCAACUGGAGUUCCCUUAGUCUAUGAGCUGGAUGAGAAUUUGAAACCUAUUAAACACUAUUACCUCAUGGACAGUGAGGAACUCAAGAAGAAAAUGGACGAAGUAGCAAACCAGGGCAAGGCAAAAUGA